AGUGAGUGCUUUUGUAGUAGAAUAAAGCCCCUGUGUAAAGAGCCUGAUGAUAUCCAAAUGGAACAAGCAGGAGUAGAAUGCUGUCAAACUGCAAAGAACUGUUCAAACUUCUUAGAGCUGUGUAACCCAGCCUGGUUUGUCCCUCUCCAUAUUGCAGACUCAACAAAUGCAUUGCACUCUGAAGUUGUUGACAGUGGUAUUGGCCCUUAUAUAAACUCCCAAAGGUAAUAAGAAAUGUUUGAUAGCGACAGUGUACAUUAUCAACAUCAGUGUCAGACACAGAGCUAUAAGUUGCUUUCUGUUUGGCAUUGUUGACUUGUGUCACUAAGUGUGACAAGAGGAAUUCAAGAGUACAGUGAUCGUAGAUCUUAUAAUCGGCCUUAAAAAAAUUUGAUACAGUAGAUGUGGUACAUGUAUUAAAACAGAAAGAAUUUAAGGUGGAAUCCACCAGGAAAUUGAGCAAUUUUAAUUUUCAAAUGGACAAAGACCUUGUACUAGAAUAAUUUAUUAUAAUCAAAUUUACAUUUUUGAAGGGCUUAAGAUGUAAUUAGUCGUCUGUAAUAACACCAAAGAAAAUUUCUUAUGAGAGCCCGCGAAAAGGAAUUUCAAAUUUCACAAAAUUACAUCUUUCACAUGAAAUUUUCACAAUUUACCUGUGUUUUCACAAUUCGUAGGAAAUUUGACAUUCAUUUUCUUGGGCUCCCAUAAGAAAUUUUCUUUGGUGUUAUUACACAUAACUAAUAACAUCUAUAGCACUUGAAAAAAGUAAAAAAGAAUGCCAUAUUCUUUAAAUUAUUCUGGUACAAGGUUUUUGUCCACUGAAAAUUAAAAUUACUCAAUUUCCUGAUGGAUUCCAUUUUAAAAAUCUUAUGAUGGAAUUUAAGUUUAGAUGAUCUGCUUAAAGGCCGUGGAAGCAAAGUUGAAAAGAUUACUUUCAAUUAUUGCUUGCACAUGUUCUAGUUAGCAGAAUUAUUAAAUUCCCUUGAUAGUCUUUAUAUGACAGACCCAUUUCUUUCUUUUGUUGUUGUUGUAUUUAUUUAUAUUUUUUUUUUUUUUUUGCUUGUCAUGCAAACCUCAUUUACCCUGAGCAACAAUUGAUCGCCUUUUUGAAAAUUAGAGCCUCCAUGUGUAAAAUAUUUGCAGCAACUUUAUUUAAAUUUACUGAUGCAUUCCUUCCUUUGGUUUCAGAUUGACUUUGCAUUUGGACGCCUUUCAUUUUCCAAUCAAUAACACAAUUCACAACAGACUAGGUGCUGAAGAAACACAGCUGCCCUCACUUUCCAAAGAGAUCCCAGUGAGCUGUCUUCCAAACCUCUCUCCUAUUUGCCUCAUUGGAUCCGAUGAGAUGACAAACCAUGUUAUUUACACCAGUUCAGAAUUUGAGAAGAUGCAGUUCUUAAAGAUUCAG